UUCAGCGAUCUCAUAGAUAAUGGAUCGGAUGUAUUUUCUCGGCAUACUCCGAUGUUUAUGGCCAUUGACGAAUACGGCUUUGGUGUGGUGCGAACGCUCUUGAAUGCACUUCACAAGGAAUCGUUCUGGCAACGCAAUUAUAGCAAAGUGGAUUCGUUAAAUUGGAUUCGUUAA